AUGGGGGUGAAUGCAGGGAAUGCAACAACGCGGCCUCGACAGCCUGCUGUGGCGGCUUUCCAGACGCUGCUUGACGAGGCCGUUUGUCGGGGAGAUGGCAAACACCGGCAGGAGCUCCGAGAUAGACUCUAUCGGAACCUGGCGGUCUGUUGUGCAGCCCCUGAGCAGGGUGCAAGAACCUGCGAGUGCGCGACUUUGGUAAAGCUCCUGCACCUGCCAAGGGACUGUCCUGUCAGCGACCCCCGCCAUGUAUCCGAGGAAUAUCAGGAGAAGUUCCUGAAAGGUUGCCAGCCUCGUGAAGAAGGGCAAUCUUCAUCAGCUGUUGAAGACCAUGUCAACGACGAUCCACCAGCGUGUUCGAGGGGUGCUCGACCACGAAGAACAGCAAGGGCUGUGCACAAUAGCCUUGUGCUUCCAAAGGAGGCCGUCCCAUGGAAAGGCUGCUUUUCUGGAGUUCCUGAGGGAAGCAUCCUUCAGUCCUACGCGUGGCCACGAGCCUUAUCCACCCCUUGUCGAGCAUCAGAUUGCUCGCCUCCUCUGGGGUUGCAACACGAAUAG